AUGUCGCAGCAUUUUUCUCCCGAACAACUGAACUUCUUCAAGUUUUCAGCCAUUGUGUUGAUUGAGUUCCCGAAAGCGUUACGGCAAGUGUUCGAGGCAAAUCGGGACAGUCGGCGGUACGGUAUUCCAAAGUGGGAAGACUCACCAAGGGUUAGGAACAUGUUUCAAGAUACCGAAGGUGGAAAUAUGACGCACGUGCCUACUGACAAGUCGUACAUGGAAUGGGAUUCCACUUCUCUGUUUCAGGCCACUCUCUAUGCGCGAAGCUUUGCCCAAUCAGGAGAGAGAAAAAGAGAAAAAAAUUUGUACGAUUUGUACGUAGAACCGCGGCAUUUAAAAGGCGGGGCAUUUCAUCACUCUGUUUGGACCCAGACUGGAAACAAUGAAGAAACUUUAGCUUUGGCGUUAGAUCAGCUUCGCUUGUUACGAAACGCACUUUUUCAUCAAACAAAUACUCAAAGAAUUGACAGUUCCACGUUUAACAGUUACUUGGUUUUAGCAAAGAAUGCCUUUGGCGCACUUCGUAUUUCCUUUGAAAGCAUUGAGAACCGGAAGGAAGCUGUCCAAGAUUUUCAUGCAUCAAAUGUCAAAAGGCUCUUGGACUGGUUGCAUAAAGAGAAAAAUGCUGCCAUCAAGUCAAAGCAGUUUGAAAACCACCUUAGCGAAAUUAAAGCACCUUGCAAUACCAAAGUAACGGAUCAUGGAGGGCCAAAAUUAAAGAAAAAUUGCGGAUUCACCGGCUCAGAAGCUAACACAAAGGUUGUUAAGCAAGCACAAAAGUUUCAAGGUGAGGUUAUUAUUUUUUUUCCUCUCGAAUGUUCCGAAAAAUGCCGAGAGGUACGGUGAACGAGGUCAGUAUUGUCAAAGCCAAAGUCAAGUAUACGAUUGUUAAAGCAUUCCGGACCAACAACAAGCAAAUAAAUUAUACGUUUAUUAUAAUGAGAGUGGUAACGCAGAUAUGCUUCAAAUUAUUACAGCGUAAUGCGUGACCCAUUUGGCCAACCCCUACAGAUCAGGUGUAUCAAAUCUUUAAAAAUACAUCACAGGUAAAAAACAACUCAUCAUUUCUUCUUAAGAGAAGUAAAGAAAACUUAGAUUUUAAACAAAAAGUUUGGAAGCAGAUGUUUUCUAUUCUUGCUUCAAUUUUCAUUAGUUACGGGGUAUAGAAAACAAAAAAGCAGGAAAAAAAAAAAAAAAACGCCUCGUAAUAUGGAGACUACUCGGGAGCACUGAUUUCUGCAUUUCAUUUAAUUAAACAUGGUUUACAUAUGUCGGGCAAAUCCCAGGCGAUCGGGUACUUAGUGCUCCCGUACGUCCCAGAUUUCAUCGAUAUUUCAGGCAAAUGUCAGGGUCUAUCCCAGGCGCCAUUUUGAUGAAGAAGGGAAGGACUGGAGUAGGCGUUUGGAGAAUUGGGAUCUAGCAAAACCGACUGCCCAUCGCUCCACCACAUCCGCGACAUCCUGACAGUGCAAAUUUGAGUUUUCACAUUUCGGUUUACAUAGGAUCGUCGAAAUUCGAGAAAAUCUAGAAGAGAGAAAGAAACGCGCCCGAUUCUCCUGAUUUGUCCUCGACCACCCUACACAAGAGGAGAUGUCUAUGUUUUCUAGUUUCAUCACCACAAGAAAGAAAUAACUAGCGACACUUGAGCUUGUUAUCCUUUCUGUGAAAAAUUUGUCGCCGUUAUGUCGUUCAAAGCUAUACAUAAUAUAUUAUGUCUUCUUUUCACACUUUAGACCUGGAGCAGACGGCAGAAAACAGCCCCCGAUGCUCUUUUCAGGAAGCACAUCCAAGCUCUGGUUACAUUUAUGAUCGAAUCAAUGAUGAGUUUCUUAAAACUCGUGGAAUAUUAGGCAGUCGUAACGUGUGUGACAUUAUGGUGGGAAAACUCGACAAAGCUUUAAAUUUACGCCAAAGCGAGUACAUAUCAGAAGCACGAAAUGAAGUGCACGAGCUUUUUGACCUAAUUAAAAGAGAAGACGCUAGAGAUUUUAGGAAACCAACUCAAUAUUGCCUGGAAGUAGUAAGCCGUGGGAGCGCCUUUUUUUUCGAUAACAGCGUAAGCCUUUCUCUGAAACACGGGCUUUUAGUACUUGAUUCAAGUAAUGGUGGCGCCCUCUUCUACGCCAGCUUGCUCAAUGUUUUAGGAGUGCUUGCUUUGGAGACUUCAGAAUUCCAUAUUUCUAAGAAAAUAUUCUCCAUCUUGGUUGCCUUUCAUAGUACAUCAGACGCUACUAGCCGGUUGAGGGACAUGGCAGCAGCUUUUAAUAACAGAGGCUGUCUCUCACUUAUAGUAGGAGAGUUAAACCACGCGAAAAGUGAUUUUGACGACUCAGUUAGGCAUCUGAAUUGGGAAAAGCAUAAGCGACAAUCUUUCUCAUCGACCGAAGCCAUGAUUAUUGGAGUACAUAAUAAUGUUUGCUGUUUAAAUUUCAUGUCUCGGAAUUUCGCCAAGUGUCUCGAAAAGCAGAACGAGCUUUUAGAUCUCUGCAAAAGAAAGGCCCCAGAAUUACCUAUGCAAACUGUCUUUAUGGUCUUGCAUAACCAUGCAAAGACAAACACUGCCCUUGGCAAUAUGGCUAGAGCAGAAAUUGAGUUGAAGUGGUUGAAUUCUUACUGUAAGACUUUGCCAAAAAGAGAACCUCACAAUCUUCUAUUGGACGUCGUUUCCUUGCAGCUUUGCGAAGUAUUGCUUCUCAGUGGAAAACCGAAAGAGGCAAAUUAUGUAUAUCCUUCUGAACGACUAACAUCGAAAUGUGUACUGGAAUUGAUGCCCCGCUUCGGCGGAAUUUACUUUGAUCUAAUGAUCGAGACCUUUGAAAAGAGAAUUGACGUCCUUGUUGGGUUUGGAAAACGGAAGAAUGCUCUUGAAUGUUUGCAGAAGCAGAUCAUUCUUGUCAAAGAACAUUUUGGGGUUAAGCAUUUCUUUGUGAGCUCCUUGUUAUACAAGGAGGGUUGUACUUUAAAACUAGAAGGGAAGUUCUCCGAUGCAUGGGAAAAAUUCAAAUGUUCAUCAGAAAUUCUAAGAGACCUUUUCGGCGAGAAGCAUCCCCUUCUUAUCAAGUGCUACAUGUCUCUCGGUGCCGUUUCGUUGCGAUUGGGACGUGAGAGUGAAUCCCAUCUUUCUUUCCAGCGAGCUAUGGAGAGCGUGGAAGUUAUUCACCAAGUUUCAUUUCCGAACCAAUUGUCGAUCAGGUAUAUUGAAAUGACAAGUAACGCUAAACGAAAACCCUUUGGCAUGUUUCAAAAGAGAGAUGUAGAAGAGCAACUGAUUGACGGACUGGUUGCGGAGCAUGGGUUAGCGUUGGCGGUGCUUUCGUCGCGGCUGAAUCCCAAGAAAAAGCAGAGUUUAUCAGAGACGACAAAAAAGAAAGAGAAGCCGCUGCCGAGAAAAACUGCAAAAGCUACACAGUCAGAAAUCGUUUUGAUUGUUUCUCAAAAAAAUGCCCGUGAUCUCUUGCUGAGUGGCCAAACCUUCCUUCGUCUGGGAAUGAAAAAUGAAGCCGGUGCCUUUUUCCAACUAGCUGGCGAACUUUGCCAGACAAAUCAUCUAGUACAAGGGCAAUCCUUGCCACCCCUAGUAAGCCUAUUUAACUUAAUCAGUCAGACAAACUUCGCCAAUCAAAACAAAGUGAAAGAGAACUCCGACCUGAUCAGAUUUCUUGAAGAACUGAAGCAAGACGCAGUAAACAGUGCUAACGAGUAUGAUGCUGAGAGUGAAACAGAAGCCAAGGAGAAGUUGCAUUUGGACAGUCAAAUGGAUUUGAAACUGGUUCUUUUAUUGCUAAUCCUCUUCUCUGUACAACUGCAGUUGCACGAUGCCAUUUUUGCCGCGUAUGAUCUUUACGCAUCUCUUUUUCCGAACGAUGGUUGGUUCUUCCUGAGUGCUAACGAUGAGCUGCAGGUUUACUCAUCGAGGACGUCAGUAACCUUUAACGGGAAAACUGCGGUGCAACAUGCUCUGUUCUCCACUGCAAUUGGUGACAGCGGAAGUAAAUUGAAGAGCUCCAUUCCUAGAAAUUCUGUGUUUCGAAACAUAGUCUAUAGGAAAGGUAUGCCGACGUACAGCUUAUUGGCCAUUCAAAGCUCAGAUGCAAUUCCAGACGUCGAUGACAUAAAGCAAGUAGAGCAGGCGACAUUGCGUUCCUUCCAAGAGUACCUUGAAAUCAAAUGCCUUGACGAGAAAGACGAAGCUACUCAGUUCAUUGUUGAUCUUUCUGUGAUUUCAGAGAAAGAAUCGUUUUUGACAGAGCGUCGUGUUGAGCUCCUGCCUCUCUGCUUGUCUGAAGAAAAAGAAGAAGCUGAAAGACCUAACGGAAGGAGCAACGUGCAUUCCAUCGUCCCAUUUCUGUGCGAGAAGACAGCUUGGCUUACAUUUGCGGAUGAGCCGACCAGUUGUUUCAUGUUCGGUAAAAUUGCUCUAUGGCUUCUACAGGAAUGUAAAUGGCAAAAGAUGUCCUCAUUGAGAGUGCAAAACCAGUGCCUUGUCCUAACAGUGGUCCUUCCAGUUAAAGCCAAAAUAACACUUUGGUAUGGAAAUAAUUUCAUCAAACAAAGGGUUCAGAUCAUAUUCAUCGAUGACGGAGAACAGCAGUUAGGUGGAACUGGACAGAAAGGCUCAUUUUUCAACUCAGAAGUGUAUGACAGCGUGUUUGAGGAAUUUUUCACACCAGUCAUCAUUCAUCACUGGACCAGCACCCGUAAUGGAGUACGCGAGGGGACCGCGAUUACUCGAGAAUGCUCCUGGGCUGCUGCGCCUACAGCUGCCCUCCAUGAAUCCAAUGAACAAGCAUCUUUUCAAAGAUCCUCUGAAGAAGUAAGUAAACGGAUCUCGAUUUCACUGCCACGUUGUUGCUGAGUUUCAUAUGAAAGUAAUAUAUAUUACAUAAAAUUUAAAUAAUGUACGACCUAAGUUACGAUUUUGUACAGAACUUACAAAGAAAUUUUUAGCCGUUACUAGGAAGAAUAAAAUUGAACUUGAUCAUUUCAACGUUGCGUUUAUUAUCUGAUUCAAUAUCCCGUUCUUCAGUUAAGGAAUUGAAAAUUCAAAACAAUAUUUGAUUAAGUAUUGACUUCUGAUUGGAUUGAUGAGGCGUCGAUUUUCGAAGUGCUCGACGGGAAAAGGGAUCAGUUGAGAAGACUUUAUGAACCAGGAAAAUUGGAGCUUUUCUUGUACUAGUACGUUAGAUUAUUUUUUUCAUCCAAAACGAGCGGAGAUGGAAGGUUAACUCGCGUUCUCUGAAUUAUGACUAUUUUUUAUAACCUUAACUGGAAACACUUUGGUGACGUGAAUGAUAGUUCGUAUUAGAGGCCUAAGGGAACAAGGGUGGCAUAGUGGUGCGAACACUCGCCUCCCAUCAAUGUAGCCCGGGUUCAAAUCCCGGCGUCGACGCCAUAUCUGGGUUGAGAGUAUUCUGGUUUUCCUCUCUCCUCAAACUGCUAGACUUCUAAAUUCCAAUUCCAUCUGCAACGCACGGAUACGUCUAAACCAGCUCUUAAGAACUCCUAAGGGCUUUGUGGGUAAACAUACAGGGGAUAUGGAUGACCUUCCCCAAAUUUGUCGCCCUGCCUUAUCAUUCAGUGUUAUCUGAUCGAUUGUCGUGAAAGCAGGUCAGCAAAGCGGUUAUUAAUAAGUGACCUGCCAAACUCCACUAAGACAUAAACUUAAAUGAAGUGAUGUGCAACACACAAUGGGGAAAUUAACUGUGACCUUAUAUUUAAACAAUGUAGUUUGAUUAUUGUAGGAGAAAAUUUGGUAACAGUUUCUCUAGAAAUAUCUCCAAAUUAAUUUGAGGAAUGUUUGUCUGACCUGUAGGAGAGAAGUGCGAGAAAAUUUCUGAAUGCUAUUACCCUUGAGUAUUUAACAGCGGUCAGUGAAUUAACUUACCUUCUUCAUGGCGACCAACACCCUGCAGUACCAGACGUACAUCCUGAAGAUGUAUUCCAAGGCGUCCAAAAAAAUGAGGUGGUUCCAAAGGUUACCGAAACUGAUCCUUCUUUCAGUUUUCUGGACUCAGACGUAUCUUCCCUUAAAUUUCACGAAGACGUGACUCCCGAUUCCCCUGCCUCCGCCAGCAUUUUUAGUUAUUGCCACAAAACAGCCUCCAUUUCUGAAGGUAACACAGAAGAGAUAAACGACUUGCCGUUUACACCUUCUGGGUCAGCGAAUGCGGAAGGAAGUAAUUUUGUGGUCGUCACCGAUAAAGGUAGACCGUUCGGGAGGGAGCUGUUCGAAAAAGACAGGAAAUCUAGACACUUCUCCAUUGCUAAGCUACGAGAAGAAAUGAAGAAAAAGGAAAUACCUCCAAAUCGUUGCCCCUCGGUAAAAAGUGAAUCCCCUACAAAAGAAGAGUGUAUAGAAGAAGUGUCUUCUGUGGAAGAAUCAUCUCAUCAGAAAUUUCAUUGUGGACGUCUAAGAUCAGGAUCUUUCGAUUACUCUGAACACGAAGGAGAGGUAGAUGGAAACAAAAAUUUCGAAGGUAAUGAGAGUUUUUCGGAAAGUUGUGGAAAUUCUCUGGCCUUUUACAAGAAACACGCCCCUGGUAUUCUGCAGACAAGUGAAGAAAUGAAAGAACAGAGAGACUGGGUAUUUCCCAGUUCUUCUGAACUCCGGAACGGCUCGGUUUGUCAGUCAGCGGUUGAUGAAAAGGAAAAACAAAAUGCAAGCACAAGUAAGACUAUGGACGGCCCCUUGCUGCGGGAAAAGAAACGUGAUCAUUUUUCCGUAACGGAAGAAAACGAAGCUGAUAUCAAGGAGGUUUGUGACCAACAAAGGGAACAGCCCAUGGGUUUUGAAGAAGCCACGUGCACCCAAAAAAGAGGCAUGGAUAUCAGAGACCCCAAAAUCGGCUGGGUUGAAAUAAAUCAUACCGAACACAACAAUGACGUAAUGCAACUAAAAAAGGGAAAUGACCUCCAUAGCGGAAUUUUCAUAAGCCGUGACCCCCAGAAUCAAAAGAAAACGAGCUUGCUUGGCAGUGAAACCAAUUCUGAAUCUUCCAAAAUCUUAGAGAUUGGUGAGUGUUUUAUAGAGAGAGCAGAGAAGGCGGUUCACAGCACCUCACCAGAUUUUGAGAGGUCCAAUCUAGAACUCACCUAUUCUAGGAGAAAACAAAGCCAUGAUAAACUUGACGUACCAGGCCAAAUUGGUAGAAAACUACAACUGGGUGAACAAGGCCAUCAAAGCGGUGCUAGUGCAAUUCACAGCAAAACCCACAUGGAAACGACACCACGAUCUCCAUUUUUGGGGGGCGAUGUCGUCGCAGAUGGUUGUGCUUUAGACGGCUUUCCAGAUUCCACUACCUUUGUUGGUCGACCCACCCUAUUGCAUUCAGAAGUCCAACAUGGAGCUAUGGGAGCCAGUAUCAGUUCUCGGUUUCUCGGUGACGAUAUUGUGGCAGGCGCGUACGGCUAUUUAACAGAUGCCUCGCCACAAACAUCUCAAGAUAUCGUCGACGGUCCCGCCAUGACGACCGAAAAGCUCCAUUCAGGUGAUCACACGAUUAAAGAAAGGGAACUUCGAAAAACUUGUUAUAAUGAAGUAGGCGGCGGUGAUAGUGAUACAAAGAAAAUAAGGAAGCUCAAGAUUCAAAAUUCUGAUCCGGUGACCUUAGACAGACGAGAGGUGACCGCUACUACCGCCAACACUCCUGCAAACAAUUAUCAUUCACCAGACCAUGGUGGCGCAAGACCUAAACAAGGAUUGCCUAAAGCAGCAAGAUGCUCCAGUGUCGUUGCCAAGUCCGCCCAGCUACUUUCCAGCCAACAGUCUGAGGAAAUUACUCUCGGACUAAAUGCCAACUUUGUGGCGCGCCAUGCUGUUACUAACGAUACCUUCCACAACCCUAAUUUAGAUGGAGGAGAAUGGAAAGACCCUUUAGAUCACUGUAGUGAUGAGCAUCUCUAUUCAACUAAAGUUGCUAGUGAUUUAAGCAGUAAAAAGAGUUUUAUCUUGCAUGGGCAAGACGCAUUACAGAAUAGUCAUAAAUCGUCAAGCAUAAAUCUACCCCUACUUGAAACUGACGCUUUUGAAGGUGGCGGUAACAUCCAAAGAAGUUUUCAUUCUGUGGCUAGGAGUCAGUCCUCUCUCCUAAAGGAAGAUAAAAGCUGGCAUUUUCCAGCCCCACAACUAACCACUGAAAACCACAUCCAAGCACGUAAUUACCAAGAAAAAGGCGGCUGUGUUCACUUUACGCAAGAUCAUGGACCAACGUUUGACAGCCCAAUGCCAAAUGCUAGCAACGGCAUAGCCGGUACCACGACUAAGUUCAUAAAAAGUACUGACAGUUAUGGGGAAUCCUCCUUGCAUUCGGCCAACAACAGCGAAGCGGGUUCGGUUACUGAGAACGAAGGCCAGCGGGAUUUAUAUGAAGAUAACAUUGAAACUCGUCUACAGGAUCUAGAAAAGGUCAUGUCAAGAACUGUGGGCCUCUUCACCUCUAUUCAUACUGCCGAAAAGCAAGUUAAAACGGAACAACAACAUACGGAGAAGGUAGGUAUUCAAGAACAAGCGAUGAGCGAAGAGGACAAUGGCCUAACCGAAACUGGUGGAAGAAUAUAUUCUGGAGAACAAACAGCUCCUCUUCCGAGAAAUGAACGAGCCACAGACACUGAGAGAGAAGAUCGUACUUCACCAGUUCAAGAAAGCCCACGUCCCGCAUGCAGUCAUUAUCAGCGGCGAUGCCUUGUCCGUUUUCCAUGCUGCGGCAGAUUCUAUCCCUGUCACAGAUGUCACAAUGAGUCGGCUGCAUGCACUGAUGACCAAGCAAGAGCCAUAAAUGCUACACAUAUCAGAUGCAUUAUCUGUUACCACGAACAAGUGGUAAGAUGAUGACACAUCCAUCUAUUAGCUUAUUACUUAAAAGUUUCUUAAAAUGAAAUCAUUUAUAUCACACAUGCAGGCGUCAAGCGUCAUCAAGUUAUAGAUGUAAUGGGUUAAUUAGAGUGUAUUUUUUGACCUCAGCAUUUGCAGUCGUUUGAAUUUUUAGAAUUAGAAAGAUAGACCACAACAGAAAUCUCUUGGAAAAUGUUAGAUAUCCCUUAAACGUGCAUUUCCCUUAGAUCUCCUUUUUUAAAAUAUAUUUUGCAAGGUAGAAAGCCUCUAAGAAUGUAGAUCUUCUCGUUCCACUUAAGGUCUUUCUUUUGUUUAUCUUAUUAUAUCAUAUUUUAUUUUAAAAGUUUGAUUACUUUUUCUGUAUAGCAGUGUAUCUAAUGCCAUUUAUGACCCUAAAAAUUUUCCCCAUACAUUUUUUUAAACCAUAGAUUGACGAAGGAAGUCAAAAUUGUCGCGGAUGUCACUCGAAAUUUGCGGAUUAUUUCUGCGCCAUAUGUAAGCAUUUCACCUCGCUCGACAAGAAUCCAUUUCAUUGUGACAAGUGCGGUAUCUGUAGGUACGUGCUAAAUUCUCGUCUUAGGUACGAACGAAAUAUACUUUUUUAACAUAGGUGUGUUGCGUUCUUUUCAUAUCUCUUCAAAUAUGAGCAGCCCACGAUUAAGUAGUGUAUAACACUUCAACGAUGGGUACAUCCGUAUUCACUGCAAUGCAUUUAUUUAACCAACUAGUUAUUUAAAAACGUGAAAACGAGAUAAGCUAAUGGCCCGCUAACCUUCGGCAGAUAGACGGUCCAUAAAACUGCACCCUUGUAUCGAAACGUCUUCUAAGGGCCUCGGUGAUUGUUCUUGGAAUAAAAAUAUGUAGCUGCGUACCCCAUAGAUUAUAUUCGCGAACUACAUCUAUGUUGAAAAAUAUACAUUCAGACUGAUAUUCAGGUAAUUGCUUGUUCACUAUUUUGAACAUAAAUGCUUUCAUUUGCUCACCUCGUCUAUCGACAAGGCUUGCCAAAUUGUGAUCAGGGAGAAUCUGACCAGAUCUGACCCAACAAUGAGAACCAGAUAUUAUACGUACCGCCCUAUUUUGCAAUUUUUCAACUUUUUGACAAAGACCAACACUAAUAGGACUACAGCACUACAAUAAUCAAAAUAAGACAAAAUGAACGGCUUGUAAAUUGUUAUAAGAGUCCUUUGGGUGCAUAUUGGCUUCACUCUUUUUAGGGCUCCAAGAACUUUUGCAACUUCUAGACUAAUAUUGCAAAAAAAUGAGAACUCCAAAACAAAGUCUCAUCCACUUGGACGCCGAGACAUUUGUAAAAAUCACCUUUUUCCGUUGAGUGCCCGUCAAGAUGAAUGUCAGGAUCACUAGGCAGAAGAGAUACUUUAUGCUGUUUCCCCCUAAGCAUACAUACAGUCUUGACAGCAUUGACACUAACGAUUUGAUUUCAAUGGAGCCAUAGUCUUACAUUGUGAAAGCCAUGAGUGAGGGAAGAAAACGAUUCUUCGUGGUCUCUAGACGAGACAGUGAGAUUUGUAUCAUCUUAUCACAUCUGAUAAGUUGCAAAUUAGGCGAUUCAUAGGAACCCCGCAAAGUGUAUGACAUGCUUCAGAAGUUUCAUGACCUAUUAGAGUAACCUGUGAUCAGUAAGAUAAAUAGUUCCUAAAAAGGUUUGGGCUAGCAUCCCUGAAUACUAGCUCUUAGUUGGGUGAUAGGAUCUCAUGAUCAAUAGUAUCACAAGUCUUUUUUACAUCGAUAAAAAGAAUUGCAAUUGUUAAGCCAUUGUCGAUGAUAUUGCGAUACCAAUUGCAGGCUAUAAGAGCUGUAAAGGUAGAGUGUAAAAUAUUAAAAUUUAGAUGAUAACUUUCUAUCGUCUAAAUACUUGUACAUCUAAUUGGAGAUGGCUUUAAAAGAUUUUAGCAAUUGCUGAAAGAACGGAGAUAAACCUGUAAGUAGCUGGGUCCACCUUCGAGUCAGCUUUGAAGAUUCGUGUUACUUUAUGGCCAUUUUCCAAUUCCUCGGGAUAAUCCCAGUGCAAUGACUAAAUUGAAGACAUGGGUGAAAAGAGCAGCCGAAAAAGACACGAAUGCCUUAAAAAGGCAGGCUAAGGAUUCCAUGGAGGCAAUCCGGUUUGCCAGCUGAUAGAUUCCUAAUGAAUUUGCACACCGCUUUUGCAGUUUGAAGACCGCCUGGGUCUCUUUUUGUUCUUGACAAGAAUAAAUAAGUUCCAUUCCAGGUAACCUUUACGAUGCACACAUUUUCAAUGAAAAAGGAUUGGUAGUAAGCCUUUUUGGAGGCGAUUAUGGAAUGGUUGACUUCAUUCCUAAGUCUCUUAUACUCCGCCCACUUGGUUUGAUCGCUAGUGGCAAUUGCAAUGCGCGUUACAACUAUUUUUACAAAGGUUGUCUAAAAUUUGCACGCGACAAUCUCGAAAGGUAAUAUGGGUAUGGUCAAUACAUUGUUCCUGCCACUGAAGCUGUCGAACCUACUUUCGUUGCUUUUCUUUUGCACCAGGAAACAUACCUCCAUGGCCUCUUUUCUCAUUCUUGCAAAGUUCUCUAAAGAACAGUGAAUUUAAAGCCACCCACAAUACCUUUCGGGAUUGUCGCCUGCACUUUACUGAGAAUGUUUCUUGAAAUAGCAGUAUUCGAUCCUUUUCAAACCUUGGUUGUUUAAUUUCAUGAAUAAUUUCUGUUUGCUUCUUCCUUUGUUUUUUAUUGUAGAAUUCACCGCGACAAGUCGUUUCAUUGCGAUGUAUGCAACGUUUGUCUGGACAAACGACUGCAGGGAAAGCACAAGUGCCGACCAGACUCGGGGCAUGAUGAAUGCUGUAUAUGCCUGGAGGUAGAUUGAAAAGUUUUAACGUUACAAACGUUCAUUUCAAUUCGCGAGAUCAAACAUAUGGGUCAUGCGCAGAUUACUAUCUAGGUCGAUCUAACAAAGCUGUUUUAACCAUAGCACGUACAAUGAAGGGGGGGGGGUGCCACCUCCCCUGAGGUUUUUCUGAGUCUUUUCCUAGAGGGUUAAACAUCAGCACCUGACGUUUUCGGUAGCUGUUCGUUUGUUCGUUUAUCCCCCGCACGCAUUUUGAGUCAUGGUCAGUUUCUAUGGUUACGAGAUAUGACGUCAUAAGUAGCAGGUGGUCAAGCCAUUUUUGAGUGAAAAUACAUGUUUUUCAAUUUCUUUCAACAAUAAAAGUGAAUCUUGUAGCUAAAAUUGUGCAAAGUGCUUAUUUAUGUGUUAUUUUUCAUUUGAAGCACAAACAAAAACCAUUUCUCGCGGUUUUAACCUAAUUUCUAAUUCUUGGUAAAAUCCAAGAUGGCAACCAUCGUUGGUGACGUCACAGGCCUCCAGCUGCGCCAACACCCAUAAAAUAUACCUCAUUUUUUUGAGAAAAUCAAAGGCUUUCCACUGAAGGCAAAAUCGUUUCGAAAUACUGUCAGAUAUUAAAAACUUUAGGAGAAAGGGUGGGGGGAUCCAUUCUUCCCCUUGUUCCUCGAUGGUGGUAUGAAUUUGCGUGUACGUCCGAGGGUUAAUGUGGUAACGAUAGCUAAUUCGAGUCAUUGUGUAUAUGAGGAACACUUUUAGUUUCAAGUAUUGAUUUAAGGAUCUAAGAAAACUGUAUUUUAUAUAUUUAAAUUUUUCCUGCCCGAAUUAGCGGGUAAACACUCGUUCCGCUUUUUAUAGUUCCGUGUGCUUAGACAAUGAUUUGUUUCUUUUUAUGCAAGGAUGCUUUCAGUGGUUGUCAGAUCCUCCCUUGCUCCCAUAAAGUGCACAAGGACUGUGCUAUAGCCAUGAUACAGAACGGAAUGUAA